AUGGUACGAGCGUGGAUUUCUCCCUCAAGUGAGCCCUCCUCGAGCCUCCAGAUUACGAUUUCCGGAAUGCCUACGAAGAAGCCACGUUCGGUGGCCUCUGAACAAAAGUCCAAGGCCACGAAAAAGCCAGCAAUCCUCGAGACGUCGAAGUCUGUCGAAUUCAAGCCAGCCUUCGAUGGGAGAGGCGAUAGAGCUGGGAGAGUCCGAUACUUGAGCAAAGAGUACUGCUUGAGAGAUGACGGCAACCCGAAAGAGCUGGGGGCCGUGAUCAGCCCUUUAGAAAGACAGAGGAAGUGGCAGAGGCAGGAAGAAGAACUCCGGGGAAUGGUUCUUUCUCCAUCAAACGGCACUUACCUCCUCACAGGCCGUGAUCAUUACGAUGGCCAUUUCUACUCUAGAGGCCGCGAUGGAUACAACAGCCCUUUCCACUCUAGAGGCCGCGAUGGCUACAACGGCCCUUUCCAUUCCACAGGCCGAGAUGGCUACAAUGGUCCAUUCGAUUGUGUAGUGACAGGAGAAGGGGCCAAAUACGCAUUUGAGCUUAACCUCGCGAGGAGCCUCAGCGAGCAUUUCAGCUAUCCAAGUAUGAACCUGAAACCAAAGUGA